AUGUUUAGGAAUAGGAGUUCUGCAGUCAAACUGCUGCAGAAUGUGAAUCCCAGCACUGAUUUCUUAGCUGUGUGUUCUUGUGUACGUCACCCACCCUCUCUGUUCUCUAGGUUUCCUCUCCUAGUAUGGGACAAUAAUAGUACUUACCACCCAGAGUUACUGUGGUACUGGAAGAAUGAAAUAAGGUGUGGUUCUAAUCUGAGGGUAAUUCUGUCCCCCUUCCUUCCCAGGGGACAUCUGGCCAAGUCUAGAGACACUUUCGGUUGUCACAGCUGGCAGGGAAGAGUCCUACUGGUACCCAGUGGGUAG